ACACACAUAAAAAGAGGAAACUACUGGAUAGGCACUCGGGAAUCAUGUGACCAGUGACUAAGUUAAAUCUUUCCUGCUUAUUGAAAAGGAAACAUCUAAUGGUUAUUUACUGAUCCUCUUUACAUUUUUAAAGUUACAGAGACAUUGAAUCAUGCUCCCGUUUGUACUUUUUUCUACUCUGUUUUCUCCCGUGUUUACUGAGCCUAAGGACCACUACUGGAUCUGCAACUCCUCUGAUGCAAAUAUUUCGUACACCUACUGUGAUAAUAAGAAAUUACCUAUUUCAAUUUCUUUAACUCCCUGUUUAGAAUUGAAGGGAUCAUCUGGAUUUCUGAAUAUUUACCACAUACCAAGGAGAGACUUAAGAAAGUUGUACUUCAAUCUGGAUGUGUCUUUCAAAUCCAUGAGUUUGCCAAAACGCAAGGAAGUUAUUUGCAGAGGCUAUGAUGACAAGUAUUCUUUCUGCAGAACUCUAAAAGGAGUCUCCCCUCUCCCUCCAUCUCUUAGUCCCCAAAAGGAGCAGAUUUUUCAAGUGGCAGAUAACCAAUUCCAGUUUGAGCAUGUGGAGCUCAAGAGACUAUGAAUGCAUCAAUCCCAUUCUCCUUCACGGGAAUACGAUUUUCUAAGGGUAAAUAUUAUUGUGUUGUGGAAGCCAUCGUUGGGGACAUUGAAGAAAGGCUUUUUUGUUUGAAUUUUACCAUUGAGCACUUCCCUCGUUUUUAAUUAAAAUAAAUUAAGCAUGUUUUUUA